CAUCUCAAAAACAACACACACUACCCACCCUUAGUUGGCGAAGCACUUGCACACCGUGACAUGAACGUGAAUUCCCCGAUACAAGACUCCUUCGGAGGUUGCGGUUAAGAUUCGCUGCGAAGCUACUUCGUACACCACACUCCGAAUCUCAGCAAUCACCGCACGACGGAUCAAGAGAGACUCCAGCAAGCUCAAUAUUGCAGCUGGGUUCCGCGUCUCGCCAACGUUCACCCACAAACUCCGGGCCCUCGAAGGCGCAACAAGACCAAUCCCCCCAAUCGCUACGACAAACCCCAUAUGCAGUAGAGCAACACGUGCUCUCGCUCAACCCUCGACUACCCUAAUCCAAAACCACCCUCGAGCGGGCGCCUUAAGAUGCCGUACUACGGCAAGUCCGAAGACUGGCUACACCAGUCCGCCCUCCUUCUCCAAGCGCGACCAGCGACAACGCGAAUCACAACACGAUACCACAUCAAACCAGCCCGGCGCAUGCCCAAGUCCGCCAAAGCCGAAGAAGCGGGAGCUGCGGCGAACCCACCACAACCAGAAGAAACAGCACAGCAACAACAACAAGAAGAAGAAAAGCCGCCGCGCGGCCACCUCGUGCUCAAGACGUACGACCCGGCCAGCGGCGUGACACUGAAGUACAAGACCUCCAAGGCGGCCGAGGUCACCAGGCUGGUGCAGAUGCUGGGGACGCUGGGACGGAGGAUGGCGGGUGUGGCUGUUGAGACGACACCUGCGGCGACGAGCGGUGGUGGUGCUGGUGGUGACGAGGUAGUGAUGGGGGAGGCUCCACCUGUCGGCGGUGGUGAAAGCGAAGCGGCCGCCGCGGGUGGUGGCGGGAGUGGGGCUCAGACGCCGACUCCAGCGGCUGGAGCCGGAUCGGGAGCGGGAGCGGGAGGUGGAGGCGGCAAGGGGAAGAAGAAGAAGGGGAAGAGGUGAAGUUGUCUUUGCGUGCUGGGGAGAUGGUUUGGCAAUGGGUUGAGAAGCGCGAGCUGGGUAUAGACCAUCUGAAGGGCAUGGCCUCGGGGUAACUUGGCGUUGACGUCAAGAAACAUCUGCAAUGAGGGAGCCAACGGGUGUGGUGAUAUUACGCCUUUAUCAUCUAUAAGUAGGCUCUUGUCGUGGGAGUCAUCACAAUAGACGGCACAAUACCAAGCCAUCCUCGAGCAUGAGGCAUCCUCAUAGUACACAGAGACCACCGAAUCUGACCACCCGAUUUACACACCAAGAGACUCUCCAGCAAUCAGUCCAGAAUUUUUGA